AUGGACGCCUCAACUCUUCCAACGCAUCUCAACUUUCUGAACGAUGCUGCGCAUCUACUUAGGGCAGCAGCCCCUGAGACUUCAGCCUACCUAAUGGGGCACCAUAACGAGCUCAUGUUCCUCAACGACAUUGAGCAAUCCGACACUCGACGACAACAUGUCUGCGGCGCGUGCGGCCACAUAAUGAUUCCCGGGCAAGGCACGACACUAAAGAUGGAAACAGAAAGGGCUCUGAAGAAGAAAAGACGUGGAGUCAAGACUGAAGGCUCCAAAGCCACAGAGCCUCAGCAACGGUCUGGGAUGCGCAAGGUUUUCACCUGUGGAAACUGCACUCAUACUACCAAGAUCUCGUUCCCUCCUCCGCCACCAGCAGUAAGACGCCGCGUAAAGGCUGAAAGUCUCCCGUCAAAAAUUCAUCAAAAUGUCGCGACCAUCGAGCAAGCCAAGCUCCCGACAGCCAACUCAAGCAGCAAGAAGCGGGCAAAGAACAGAAAGGCCGGGUUGCAGGCUCUGCUUAGUCAAUCCAAGACUUCAUCCUCCGGGGGCAGGAGUCUAAGUCUUGCCGAUUUUACAAGAUGA